AAAAAAAAAAAAAAAAAAAAAAACAAAAUUUAGAAAAAUGGAAUUGAUAUUCAUUUUCCUGAAUCCAAAAUUACUUGUCAUUCUGGGACCCCCAACGAAUUCAAGAACCUCACCUGUAUGGUUGCGCCUCAGACCCAGCAUUUGCUGCUCUCUGUUUUUGUUUUCUUCCAACUCGUUAAUUCAUUUUCUUCUAGUUUCGCAGGUUUUCUCCGCAGCCAAAAGUGGUUUAUGAUUUCAGGGGUUGCGAUGGAAGUGAAAAUUGUUGCUCAGCAAUUGGCUUUGCUUUUGAUUGCUAGUGUUUUAUACGAUGCAUAUGCUUCGGAUAUGAUUCUUAACAAGUUGAUUCAUAGGCGAUUGGAAGCUUCUAGGAGUGAAGGAAGUAAAGCACCGUGCCCAACUGGUUGGACGAUUGGUCCCAGUAAAAGCAAGUGCUUUGGUUAUAUUGGAACUUCCCUAUCAUGGAAUGGGUCAGAGACCCAUUGUAAUAGUUAUGGCGGACAUUUAGCAGCAUUGGCAAUGUCUGAAGAACUAAACUUUGCUGAAAAUUUAUGUGGGAAAACCACUAAUGGCUGCUGGGUUGGAGGAAGACGUGUCAAGUCCACUUUUGGCCUUGGUUGGAAGUGGUCGGAUAAUACUUCCCAGUGGAAUGAGUCUAUUUUUUCUUUGGUGUCCCUCCAGUCCAAUUGCAGUAGUUUGUCUUGUCACAACAAUGUAUCAGUUGAUUUUUGUACAUUGGUGAUUAAUGGAUCUGCAUCUCUCUCUGGUGAAAAUUGCAAUAACUCUCGUGAGUUUAUAUGCAUGGUUGAAAUAGGGAAUAAGUGCUACCACUUGCAUUGCCACAAAGAAUAUCUUAUCAUUCUAGCUCUUGUGAGUGGGUUGAUCCUCUUCACAACUUUAGCUGUAGUCAUUUGGCUUCUUGCAUAUAAGCGGAGCAAGAAGCGCAGACACUCUCGCAAACUAACUAACUCUGCAGCUUUGGCAUUAGUUCCCCUGUCGUGGAAAGUUUUCCCAAAAGAUGAACUUAGGUCAAUUACAAAGAACUUCAGUGAGGGAAAUCGUCUUCUUGGAGAUGCCAAGACAGGUGGCACAUAUUGUGGACUUCUACCUGAUGGUUCAAGGGUGGCGGUUAAGAGGUUAAAGAGGUCUAGUUUUCAGAGGAAAAAAGAGUUCUAUUCUGAAAUUGGAAGGGUUGCAAGGCUUCACCAUCCAAAUUUGGUUGCUGUGAUAGGUUGCUGCUAUAAUCAUGGUGACCGCUACAUUGUCUAUGAGUUUAUAGUCAAUGGGCCAUUAGACAAAUGGCUUCACCACAUUCCAAGGGGUGGUCGGAGCUUAGAUUGGACCAUGAGAAUGAAAAUUGCCACUACUCUUGCUCAAGGAAUUGCGUUUCUGCAUGACAAGGUUAAACCACAUGUUGUGCAUCAUGAUAUCCGUGCCAGUAAUGUGCUGCUUGAUGAAGAGUUUGGAGCACAUCUAAUGGGUGUUGGUCUCUCGAAAUUUGUGCCCUAUGAAGUAAUGCAUGAGAGAACAGUGAUGGCAGGUGGCACAUAUGGAUACCUAGCUCCUGAAUUUGUCUACAGAAAUGAGCUUACAACAAAGAGCGAUGUAUAUAGUUUUGGUGUACUGCUGCUUGAAAUUGUGAGUGGCCGUAGGCCUGCUCAGGCAGUGGAUUCAGUUGGUUGGCAGAGUAUCUUUGAAUGGGCUACACCUCUGGUGCAAGCUCAUCGGUACCCAGAUCUCUUGGAUCCUCACAUAAUAUCAUCUUCUUCUGUCAUUCCAGAGGCUGCUAUUAUCCAGAAGGUGGUGGACCUUGUUUAUGCCUGUACGCAGCAUGUCCCAUCUAUGCGCCCCCGGAUGUCUCAUGUUGUUCAUCAGUUACAACAGUUAGCCAAUCCACCCAUUGUAAAGUGAGUGCAUUUGUUUUUCUGGUUUUUAAGUUUUUUAAGUUAUAUGUAUGAGGAAUGUAAAACUUGUAGGGAUGGCAGGGAGAAUCCCAGUUAUUGGGGCUUCUAUUUAAAAUUUAGAGGCUGGUGGGAGGAAUCCCAAUUAUUGCGGGCUGUAGUUAACCUUUUUAGAAUCAUAUGGACAACACAACUAGAGAUUUAUACUAAUAUAGCUCUAAACCUUUAAUGCAAUCUAAAUGUAAGCUCUCACUGGUUUCAAACAAAUAAUUGGCACUCCGCUGUUAGAUGUAUUAUGUUACUUUCAACUGAAAUGGGGGUAGAUAUGUAAUUGCAUAAUUUCAGGUAGCUAUGUUAUUUUCAUAUAUAUAUAUGUAUUUGUUUUUUGCUCU